UCAACUCUUACUGAUGAUUUUUGUUUUCUGGGAAAUAUCAUUCACCCCUCCAUAACCUCUCGAAUUUCCUUCUAUGCCGCGUUUCACAGGAAGCUUGGCGGUUCAACGCCUAAUCUUUCACCAAACAACUCUUCGAUUUCACAAAUCUCUCUCCUCAAAUUCAUCCCAAUUUCCCAGCAUCCCACUUCACCUAAUUCAGCACCAUCUUCUCUAAAGGUCGACAAAAUCCUUCUGAAUUUGAAGCUUGGUAAGUCCACUUACUUUCAUAACUAUCGCACAUUAACCCCUUUUGAUAUUGCUCAAAUUCUGUAUCAAUGUCGUGAAAAUCUGCAUCUGGGUUUAAAGUUUAUUGAUUCUUUCUUGUUUAAUUGCCCUAAUUUUCGACAUUCCACGCUUUCUUUGUGUGUUAUGGUUCAUAUGUUGGUUAGGGGUAGGAGGGCAUCGGAUGCUCAAGCUUUGAUUCUUAGAAUGGUUAGAAAAAGUGGGGUUUCGAGGGUAGAAAUUGUUGAUUCUUUGAUGGGGAGUUAUGAUCAAUGCGGUUCGAAUUCGGGUGUUUUUGAUUUGUUGGUUAGGACUUUUGUGCAAGCCAAGAGGUUGAGGGAGGCUGCUGAGGUGUUCAAAUUGUUGAUUAGUCGAGGGGUUUUCGUGUCGAUUAAUGCUUGUAAUAGUCUUCUUGGUGGGUUAGUGAAGGUUGGGUGGGUUGAUUUAGCGUGGGAGAUAUACCGAGAAGUUGUUAAAUAUGGAGCUCAGUUGAAUGUUUAUACAUUGAAUAUAAUGAUCAAUGCUUUGUGUAAGGAUGGUAAGAUGGGAGAUGUAAAUUCCUAUUUGUUAGAAAUGGAAUCAAAUGGGGUAUUUCCUGAUAAUGUGACUUAUAAUACGCUAAUUAAUGCUUAUUGUAGGGAUGGGAAUGUCGAAAAGGCAAUUCAAAUGAUGCAUUCGAUGUCAGGUAAGGGGUUGAGAGCUGGUGUGAUUACCUAUAAUGCCAUAUUAAAAGGGUUAUGUACAAUGGGUGGGUAUAGUAGGGCUAGGCAGAUGUUGAGUGAUAUGAGGCAAAUGGGUUUGUGUCCUGAUACUAAUAGUUACAAUGCGUUGUUGAUGGAGUGUAGCAAGAAAGAUAAUGUUCUGGAUGGGGAACAGUUAUUUGAUGAAAUGAUACGACAUGGUGUGGUUCCUGAUGUAAUUAAUUAUACAUCACUUAUUAGUUUGUUUUCGAAGAAAGGGCAACUUGAUCAAGCCUUGAUUUAUUUUAAAGAGAUGAAGGCCAAGGGGCUGGCUCCAGACAGUGUUUUAUACACCAUUCUUAUUGGUGGGUUUUGUAAAUCGGGUGUUAUGUCCGAGGCGUUAAAGAUGCGCAGUGAGAUGCUUGAAAGUGGUUGCCUUAUGGACGUGGUGACGUACAACACCAUUCUGAAUGGCUUGUGUAAAGAACAUAUGCUUGGUGAGGCUGAUCAAUUAUUUGAUGAGAUGUUGCAAAGGGGUAUAUCCCCUGAUUUUUACACUUAUUCAACACUUAUUCAUGGUUAUUGUAAGGCUAAGGACAUGAACAAAGCAGUGGUAUUGUUUGAAACUAUGAUUCAGAGGAACCUUAAACGAGAUAUUGUAACGUAUAACACUUUGAUGGAUGGUUUUUGUAAGCAGGGUUUCAUGGAAAAAGCUAAUGAAACAUGGGUUGACAUGGUUCAUCGAGGAAUUUACCCUAAUCACAUUUCCUACAGCAUUUUCAUUAAUGGAUUUUGUAGUGUGGGGCGUCUUAAUAUGGCAUUUAAGAUUUGGGAUGAGAUGGUUAAAAAAGGUAUUGAGCCUACUAUUGUGACUUGUAAUACCGUCAUUAAAGGCUAUUGCAUAUCUGGAGAUGUAGCUGAGGCAGAAAAGUUCCUGACCAAGAUGACAGCGAAGAGCAUUCUUCCUGAUAGUUUUACUUACAACACUCUUAUACAAGGAUAUAUCAAAGAAGAGAUGAUGGACAGAGCUUUUGUCUUGCUUAAUCAAAUGGAGGAUCAGGGGAUAUUACCUGAUGUCAUAUCAUAUAAUGUGAUAUUAGAUGGUUUUUGUAGACAAUCUAGAAUGGAAGAGGCAAACUUGAUAUACAAGAAGAUGAUAGAAAGAGAUGUAAAUCCAGACAGAUCUACUUAUACAACGUUGAUUAAUGGUUAUGUUAGUCAGGAUAACCUGAAAGAGGCCUUCAGGUUCCAUGAUGAAAUGCUUCGAAGGGGCUUUGUGCCAGAUGAUAAAUUCUGAUGCACCUGUCAGGGAGUUGAAUAAGUUGGACAGAUAAUUACCUCUCUGGUUUGGCUGUAUGGAACUCAAAUGAACUCUGAUUAUACUUUUAUAAGGAUCAAUUUGUGAAACUGCACUUUGGAAUUGCAGGUUGCUAAACUACUAGGAGCUUCUUGUUCUGAGUUAUGAAGUCUGGAAAAAAGGUAAGUCACAAGGGCUGAUUGCUAUGAAGGAGAAUCUCAGGUUCAUACCACUGUGAGCAAGUAUGAAGUAUUCUGCAGCUUUAAUGUAUUUAGGCCUCGUUUGUAGGAAAUAAAUUCUCAUGGGAAAUUCUAAAUCAUGGGAAAUUAUUUCCUUUAUAAAAUUCCUAGGAAUUACACAAAGGUGUUUGUUUGUCAUGUGGGAAUUUGUAAAUCCUAGGAAUUGUGAAUGGCCAAGGGUAGGGAGGGUGAAUGAAUUUCCAUGUUUUGUGGGAAGAUGAAAUUCCCAUGAAUUGUGACUUCAUCCUUUUUUGCUUUUUAAUGUCGACCAAGCAACAUGGCUAAAAUCAUGGGAAAUUUGAGUGCAUAUGGAAAUCAAAGGCAACCAAACAGCACCUUAAAGUACUUCUUAACUAAAUCCUACGUAGAGAUAUGGCAUGAAUAUUAAGGUGAGGAGAGAGAAAGGGAAAAAAAAAAAACAAAAAAACCAUGGAGCAAUGUAGGUAUGUUGCAUUUCUUCCAAAUUCAACAAUAUCCAAAAUACGGGGAGCAUUCCGUUUUUUGUGAGAACAAAAGGGAAUGUACUUGAAUUGCUUGUUGAUAUAAUUAGUUUUAAUUCACCUCUUUUUCUUCCUCUACUUAAUAACUCUUAAAACACGUUUUUGACCUACAAAGUUUUUUAUUUUAAGAAGAUGAAUUUUGUUGAAAUUCUAUGUGAUGACUCUAUUUUAUACCACUUUUCUGAGCUUUGAAAUCAUGUAGAGUUGUUUAUGUUCUGUUACUAUGGAACCAUUAAAAGUUGAUUAUAUGCAUAUCAUUGUGUCUUUGAAGGCCAUUUCAAAACAAUGAACACCGAUUGGGGGCUUGAGCAUAUAAGAAUGUCAAUGCUUAAUUGAGCACGGUUACUUCAAACAUCAACUUAAUGACUAAAACAUCACAAAAAUGAGAUAAAUACCUUUCGGUAAUUAAUUUUUGACUAAAUUAUUCCAAAAUAAUAAAUCCAAAAAAUUAAUGCUGUAUGUGUACAAAACAUUUUAUUUUUUCCAAAGUUUUAUUUUAUAGAAUGUUGUAGAAGUCUGGUAUAUUCAUGGUUAGCAUUGAGAAUUUUCCCAUUUUGUAUUAAGCUAAAAUAAAAUUACUUGGGCUUUAUUUCACUAAAAUGGCAAUUGUGUGUAUGAAUUUUGUCUUAAUCUAUUGCAUUAUCAAUGUGAUCUCUUGAUAUAUGAUUAGUUUGCAAACAGACUUUUCUAAAGGGUGUUUACUUGGGUCCUACUUCCUCCAAAUUCUUCUUGGAAAAGUAAGAGACAUCUAUUCUGGACCAACAAACUGGCUUUUCACGAGCUUUUAGUCCUUUCUUGUUCUACAAAUUCUGAUCAAAAGUGGUUUUGCAUGAAGCUGAAAGGUCAAUUGCUGAGAAAAAUUGUGGAGGUACUUGGGGGUUAUGCUGUAGUAGGCUAAGCUCAAUAAUAGGGAAGUGAGGAUCAGUCAACUGGUGGAGCUCCUGUUUAUUUUCUAAUCUUAAAGAGGCAGUUUGAAUCAUGUGUGUGCUAUUAAAUCUUUGUUGAUAAAGGAAUAUGUUCUGGGUUGUCAUACAAACUUGAGACCAUGCCCUUUAUAUGACAAUGCUUAGUGUCACGAGCUGGCUCGUCCUGUGACAUUAGGCUUUGCUCUCUUGGAUUAGCUAGGAAAGCUUCUCUGUUGUCGCUAAAGAAUAAGGAAAGACAUUCUGGUGCGUUUUCUCUUGAUUCUGUCUCUGAAUUAAAUUGUUUGAGCUCUUUCUUACACACAUAAUUUUGACUAUAAAUCAGCCUUUUCUCCCCUCUCCCUCGCCUCUUUAUCUCCCUCUCUCUCUAAACUCUGGAGGCAUAUUAGACAUGUACUAUGCUAUUAUUUAUUAUUGUUGUUAACAUCUAACUUAUUCUGGUUCUUUUGCUUUUUAAGGCAAUAUGAAAUAUUGGUUUUAUGUUGCUGCAGAUUAUACUUAAUUGCCCAAGUAUCCUUUAGUUGAUAUGCCUUUUGUUGCUGAUGAAUAUCAUCCCUCGGUAAUACUUGGAUCAAGUUAAUUGUCCUAGUAUUCUGUUAAACGUUAAAUUCCACUGUGUUAUUGCUGGCCAGUAUAGAUAGCUAAUACUAUUCCAGCAUCCCCCAAUGCCAGGUAUUAACAUAUUGGGCCAAUGAGGGUGUGCAUGCCUGGUGGCACGUAUACCAGCUUUGAUCCAUUGCUAUUUGGUCUGUUUUUACUGCUAAUUGGAAAAUCUAGGGGCUUUUUCGUAGGCUUUGGAUCUUAUAUUUUUAUUGACUGUCCAUUUUUGUUCAAAUUUCAGGGGGUUAAUAAUGGAAGUCGUGUGGUUGGUAAUUUUUUUUUAAAAUUUCUAUUCAAGAUAGACGCUACCUUCCAUCCAAUUCACAAGCGUCAGCUAACGUAUAGCAUUUCCAAGUCCUUUACGUUUAUUGCAAAGCAAGUUGAGCAGUUUACUCCAUUAUUUCAAAAUGGUGAGUACUUGAUAAGUAUCAAUCAUAUUUAUAGCCAAGUAGGUUGUUUCUUUUGGCCUUGGUCUAAAUUUUCAGCAGAUUUUGGACCUAUUCAUCCUUUGAUUAUUCACGUUGAUGUAAUGCAAACUCUAAUCUUAGUUACUGACUAAUCGUGACUAUGAUGCUUCAUCCUAUACAUUCUCAACAUGCAUUUGAUUGUCGUUUGCCCGUUCA